CAAACAUUCGUAGAACACUAUAAUGAAAAACAAAUGUAAAUAGUAGUCUAGGUCACAUUUUGUCCAAGGGGUAAGAUAAAUCUUUAAAACAUUCUUUGAUUACCCAGGACAACCAUCAGGAAUCGUAACAAAUCUAAAUAUGCAAAUUAUUUGAAACCCGCACACACAUGUAAUUCUUAAAAAAAAUCAAAACAAACAAAAUGGCGUCCGACGAGGUACUCCAACAUCUUUCAAGUAAAAAUGACGAACGCCUUCGAUACCUACUCACAGCGAUAAACACUGCAAAAUGUGCUGGGAAGAUUGUGGAAGAGAACUAUUACAAAGUCAAAUCAUAUGCUGGUAAAGGUGAUAUUACUGACUUAGUCACUGAAACAGAUGAAGCUGUAGAAAAAUUUAUAUUUGAUUCUCUUCGGAAAGAGUUUCCAACUCACCAUUUUAUAGGAGAGGAAUCAGUUAGUAGUGGUAAUUCAGCAAAAUUAACAACAGAGCCAACUUGGAUUGUCGAUCCAAUAGAUGGCACUGCCAAUUUUAUUCACAGAUUUCCAUAUGUUGCUGUUUCUAUUGCGUUGGUAAUAAAUAAAAAGCCUGAAGUUGGACUGGUAUAUGCUCCCAUUUUGAAAGACUUUUAUGUUGCAGUGCGUGGAGAGGGUGCAUAUUUAAACGGUGAAAGACUGCGCAUUGAAAAUCCUGUGAGCUCUUUAGCCACUGCUGUAGUUGCUACCGAAUGGGGAGCUAAUAGAGACCCUGAAAGAGUGAGACAAGUAGGGAAGAAUUUCAUUGAUGUUGUGACGGAACAUGGUAUACAUGCAAUUCGCAGUACUGGUUCGGCAGCGUUAAAUGCGUGCCUUGUAUCAUGUGGUUCAGUGGACUUGUACUUCGAGUUUGGACCACAUUGCUGGGAUGUUGCAGCUGGAUGUCUUGUGGUUGAAGAAGCUGGAGGUUGCAACGCCACCACAAAAGGUGAAGAGUUUGAUUUGAUGGGUCGAACAUUUAUCUUCGCAUCUUCAAAAAAACUCAUCGGCGAAUUAGUUCCAACGUUGACACAGAUACCAACGCCCAGAGACGACUAAAAUUCUAGUUUUAUUUUAAACUGAUAUUAUUCUCUACAAAAGAGAGUGAUAUCUUAGAUAAAGAAUGUUUAAAUAGACAAUAUUAUAAAAUUAAAAAAAAAUGAUAAAAUUUUAGGCUUUAUUUCUAUUACAUGUUUCAUCUAUGCUAAAAAUAGAUCAUGUGGCGUCACAUGCUGUGCAAUCUACACAUUUUAUACAUCCAGUGUAACGAGUGAAUUUUAUCUUUUUAUUGAUUUUUAGUUUUAAUUAUUUAAGGCGGUAUUGGAUAUUUAUUUUAAAAAUAUAAUUAUUUUAAGUUUCGUUCAAGUUACUAUUACAAAAUAUUAUAUAGAA